UUGAUGGACGUCUAAUGGCGAAAUACUUCAUGUCACAAGUGUAACAAAGCCUUCAUAAAGUCCCUCAGAGAGGCAUGAUUUGCAUUAUAAAGGACAAACUCUUAUUCUGCCCAUGGUUUCCCCUGUUACCCACUCGCCCCUACCACUAAUUUUAUGUCAGCAGUGUGCUGGACUCCUGUUACUUUGGAAUCUGCAACAUUGUUGAAAGGAUCACUGAAGUAAUGCACUAUGAAAACUCUCAAUAAAGUCAGAAUCCUGUUGUUAGCAUUUUAUUUAUACUGCAACUUGUUUCCUAGAUUUCAGCUGUUGGUGUUAAUUUUGUUUUGUUUUUUAAUGGGAGUGGAGUAUUGGAAAAUCAGAACAUAGUGCUAAACAAAUGUGUAAUCAUUACAGCACUAGUGCCUUAUAAAAUGCAAAAGGAGCAGAUGGCUGCUCAUUCUGGUGUGAUGCUGAGCAGUUUCAGAUGCAACCAGUUCAAGGAAGUGAAUUAAGUUUCGUUUCCUCAUGAUGAGACAGCAUCAUUUUCAGUUUCCUUUCUGUGUUCUGCAGCGAGGAAAACUGACACACUUGGCACCCUUGCGAUAUUGCUUUUGGUGUGGGAUAAUGCCAUUGGUUAGAUGCCUUUAUAAGUUUCGAUUUCACUGAACAGGAAAGGCGGAGCUGAUGCUGACACAAUAGAAACAAGAGCAUCAAGAAAGCAGCAUUUGCUCCCAGAGGCAAACUGAUUUUCCAGUCUACGAAAAUAUUUUAAUUCCGAGGGAGCAACAUGUCGGUCAAGUGUCGGUCAAAGGAAAAUGACUCCAGUCCACUGAAGAGUAAAACAAAAAAUGACUCCUCUCCACUGAAGACUAAACUUAUAGAGAGCACAAGUGUCCUGAGCACCCAGUAUGAAGAGAAAGUCCGUCCAUGUAUUGACCUUAUUGAUUCUCUGAGAGCCCUCGGAGUGGAGAAGGACUUGGCAUUGCCAGCAAUUGCUGUGAUUGGAGAUCAAAGCUCAGGGAAAAGCUCAGUUCUGGAAGCUCUUUCUGGAGUCGCUCUUCCAAGGGGCAGUGGUAUUGUUACAAGAUGCCCCUUAGAGCUCAAGCUGAAGAAAACACACAACACGAAGGAAUGGAAAGGGAAAAUUUCAUAUCUGAACACAGUGGAAGAAAUGAAUAGCUCGAGACAAGUGGAAGAACAAAUCAUUAGAGCCCAGAAUGCAAUGGCUGGCUCAGGAUCAGGCAUUAGCUCAGAAUUAAUUAGCCUGGAAAUCAGCUCCUCGGAUGUUCCGGACCUGACUCUGAUUGACCUGCCAGGAAUUGCAAGAGUGGCUGUGGGUGAUCAGCCAAAAGACAUUGGACAGCAGAUAAUAAAGUUAAUUAAGAAGUAUAUUAACAAACAAGAAACCAUCAAUUUGGUAGUGGUGCCAAGUAAUGUAGACAUUGCAACAACAGAGGCACUGAAAAUGGCUCAAGAAGUAGAUCCCACGGGGGAGAGAACACUUGGCAUCCUGACCAAGCCUGACUUGGUCGACAAGGGAACAGAGGCAGAAGUGGUGGACAUAAUCCGGAAUCAAAGAGUCCCCCUGAGAAAAGGAUAUAUGAUCGUUAAGUGUCGUGGGCAAAGUGACAUCAACGACAAAGUGACUUUGGGAGAUGCAAUUGAGAAAGAGAGAGAAUUUUUCGAAGAACACGAUUUUUUCAGAUCUCUUUUGGAGGAAGGCAGAGCUACCAUCCCACUUUUGGCAGAAAGGCUUACACAGGAGCUGAUAGAGCACAUUAGCAAAACAUUGCCAACUUUGCAAAAACAAAUUAAGGAAAAGCUAGAGGUAACAAAUGCAGAGCUGCAAAAAUGUGGUCAAGAUGUGCCUGGAAACACAGAAGAGAAAAUGCCUUUCCUCAUACAGAAAAUCAAGCUUUUUAAUCAAGACAUCUUAAAUAAAGUACAAGGAGAGGAUUUAACGGAUUUGAAAGAAACAAGAUUGUUCACAAAAGUGCGAAAUAUCUUUAAUCAAUGGCAAGAGGAGAUCAACAGCAAUGCACUAAAUGUAAUAGAUACUAUGAAAGAUGAAGUUCACAGCUAUGAAAAUAAAUAUCGUGGUAAAGAACUCCCAGGGUUUAUUAAUUACAAGACCUUUGAGACCAUUGUCAGACGACAAAUUAUGAUGCUGAAAUCGCCAGCUGUUGAAAUGUUGACGGAUGUAGCGGAACUUGUGCGGGAAAUUUUUAUUCAAACUGCCUCCCGACACUUUGGUGCUUUCUACAAUCUUCUGAGAGCUGCUCAGAUCAAUAUUGAAGAUAUAAAACUGGAGCAAGAAGCGGCUGCGGUAUCCAUGAUCAAUACUCAGUUUAAAAUGGAACAAAUAGUGUACUCCCAGGACAGUAUUUAUAGUGAAGAUUUAAGUGGUAUUAGAACGAAAGGUGUUGAAAAUGCAUUUACAAGAUCAGUUCUAGUUCCUGCAAAGCUAUGCUCCAUGGAGGAAAUGACUUACCACUUGAACGCUUACUUCAAAAGCGCAGGAACCCGUCUUGGAACCCAAAUUCCCAUGAUUAUUCAGACAUAUGUUCUCCAGGAUUAUGCUGACAAAUUACAAAAUGCAAUGCUGCAACUCUUGCAAAACAAAGAUCAGUUUGACAUUCUCCUUCAGGAGAGGUAUGAUACUUCCAAUGUGAGGAACACUCUGAAGGAGAAGAUCAAGCGUCUCACCAAAGCACGACAGCAUUUAGCAAAAUUCCCCAUGUAAUCAAGAGGUGUCUCUGUGUUAAUUCCCUCUUCCAGUUGCAGAAGGAAGGGAUCCUAUUCAUUGCUUGUGUAUACAGUGGUACCUUGGUUCUCAAACGCUUUGGUACUCAAACAACUUGGAACCCAAAUGCUGCAAACCCGGAAGUAAGUGUUCUGGUUUGCGAACUUUCUUCGGAAGCCAAACAUGCUCCGUUUUGAGUGUUAGGCUGACUAUUUGAGUGCUACAUUUCCGUUUUGAGUGUUACACUUCCGAUUUGAGUGCCAAUGUGGUCUUUGCUCAUUCCUUGUGAUUUUGUUUGUACAGGGGGAUGGAAAUGGUUAAUGUAGAUUGACCAAUGAGAAAGCUCAGAGGCGGAGCCUCUACCUGGCUUUGAGGCUCAGCCCAGGGGUUUUACCAUUGGGAGAUAGAGGAGUCAGAGUCAGACAAAGCCAGUAAAAGACAAACACAGCAGUUGUGACAGCUAGAGUGAGAGACAGGGAUAGAACUGAGAGAGAAGAGUGUGACAGUGUGAGAUAGUGCCACAUCUAGUUAAGGGCGCGCAUUUCAGAAACCGUUCUGAAUAUAUUUAAAACUUGUUCUUCAAUAAACUUUAAUCUUCGUUGUUGACUUUACAACCUGAUUGAGACUCAGUAUUUCACCAGAAGAAACCUGCUUAGUGGCAGCGGAAGAAUAAAGCAGUGGUGUGCAGGUCAAUACAGGGGUACCUCAGGUUAAGAACUUAAUUCAUCCUGGAGGUCCGUUCUUAACCUGAAACUGUUUUUAACCUGAAGCACCACUUUAGCUAAUGGGGCCUCCUGCUGCCGCCGCAAAGUUCUUACUAUUUGUGGAUUAGCAGAGUCUGUAACCUGAAACAUUUGUAACCUGAAGCGUAUGUAACCCAAGGUACCACUGUAGUCCGUGAAACGACCGGGGGCUCUGUACGAACCCCACAACCACACUGCUGUUUUGAGUGUUACACUGAUGAAUUGAGUGCCACACUUCCAUUUUCAGUGUUACGCUGAGGUCUGUCUGUUUCUGCUAUUGAUUUUGCAUUUUUGUGGCUCUUUUGUGUGUGUGACUGUGGAACCCAGUUCAGCUACUGACUGAUUGAUUGAUUGACUGCAGUACAUUGUUUAUUGCUUUCAUUUUAGGGAUCAAUGGUCUCAUUAAAUAGUAAAAUUCAUGUUAAAUUGCUGUUUUAGGGGUUGUUUUUAAAAGUCUAAAACGGAUUAAUCCAUUUUGCAUUAUUUUCUAUGGGAAAGCACACCUUGCUUUUGGAACGCUUUAGUUUUGGAACGGACUUCCGGAACAGAUUAAGUUUGAAAACCAAGGUACCACUGUAUAAACAACUUAAGCUUUCAUACCACCACCACCAUCCUAGUAAUAACUGAUUUUAAAAAUGCUAAAUUCUAGACUUAUGGUGGAAAACCUUGUUCUCCUUUUAAAAUAAAGUAUUUGUUGCUGAA